CGCCGCCGGGCGCCAGCCGCCGCUGAGGCCCGAGCGCUGACCGAGCGAGCGAGCGAGCGAGCGGACGGGGCGCUUCGCUGCGGGCUGUUGGCCGCGCGGGCAGCUGGGCCGCGCACCUUCCUGCUCUUCGGCUCAGGCGCCCUUGGACAUGGUGGCCCCCGGCUCUGUGGGCAGCCGGCUGGGCGCGGUGUUCCCGUUCCUGCUGGUCCUGGUGGACCUGCAGUACGAAGGCGCUGAGUGUGGAGUAAAUGCAGAUGUGGAGAAGCAUCUUGAAUUGGGGAAGAAAUUACUCGCAGCUGGACAGCUAGCCGACGCCUUAUCGCAGUUUCACGCUGCAGUUGAUGGUGACCCUGAUAACUAUAUCGCAUACUAUAGGAGAGCUACCGUCUUCUUAGCCAUGGGAAAAUCCAAAGCAGCGCUGCCCGACCUGACGAAAGUGAUUGAGCUGAAGAUGGAUUUUACUGCAGCAAGACUACAGCGAGGUCACCUACUGCUCAAACAAGGGAAGCUUGACGAAGCAGAAGACGAUUUCAAGAAAGUGCUCAAAUCUAAUCCCAGUGAGCACGAGGAGAAGGAAGCUGAGUCUCAGCUUGUAAAAGCUGACGAGAUGCAGCGCCUGCGCUCCCAAGCGCUCGACGCCUUUGACGGUGCCGAUUACACUGCUGCUAUAACCUUCCUUGAUAAGAUUUUAGAGGUUUGUGUUUGGGAUGCAGAACUGCGUGAACUGCGAGCAGAAUGCUUCAUAAAGGAAGGAGAGCCCAGGAAAGCCAUCAGUGACUUAAAGGCUGCUUCAAAGCUGAAGAAUGACAACACAGAGGCGUUUUACAAAAUCAGCACACUCUACUACCAGCUAGGAGACCAUGAGCUGUCUCUCAGUGAAGUUCGUGAAUGUCUGAAACUUGACCAGGAUCACAAGCGGUGUUUUGCACACUAUAAGCAAGUGAAGAAACUUAACAAGCUGAUUGAGUCGGCUGAAGAGCUGAUCAGAGAUGGCAGAUACACAGAUGCAACCAGCAAAUAUGAAUCAGUCAUGAAAACAGAGCCCAGUGUUGCUGAGUACACAGUGCGCUCAAAGGAGAGGAUCUGCCACUGCUUCUCUAAGGAUGAGAAGCCUGUGGAAGCCAUUAGGAUAUGUUCUGAAGUUUUACAGAUGGAGCCCGACAAUGUGAAUGCUCUGAAAGACCGAGCCGAGGCCUACUUAAUAGAGGAAAUGUACGAUGAAGCCAUUCAGGAUUAUGAAGCUGCUCAGGAGCACAACGAAAAUGACCAGCAGAUUCGGGAAGGCUUAGAGAAAGCCCAGCGGUUACUGAAGCAGUCACAGAAACGAGAUUAUUAUAAAAUCUUGGGAGUAAAAAGAAAUGCCAAAAAACAAGAAAUCAUUAAAGCAUACCGAAAGUUAGCACUGCAGUGGCAUCCAGAUAAUUUCCAGAAUGAAGAAGAAAAGAAAAAAGCAGAGAAAAAGUUCAUUGACAUAGCAGCUGCUAAAGAAGUCCUCUCAGACCCAGAAAUGAGAAAGAAGUUUGAUGACGGAGAAGAUCCUCUUGAUGCAGAGAGUCAACAAGGAGGUGGUGGCAACCCCUUCCACAGGAGUUGGAACUCAUGGCAGGGGUUCAACCCCUUCAGCUCAGGCGGACCCUUCAGAUUUAAGUUCCACUUCAAUUAAACCAGCUCUUUUACUGCUCCUCUGCUUUAUUAUUAUUUUUAACAUUAAAAACAAAUUUUGUUUGGGAUUCUAAUGGAAACAAAAUGGAACAAAUCUUUUAGUUUGUCCAUGACCAAAGAGUUGUUUUAAAGAAAAACAGCUGUGCUUACUGUAGACUUAAGGUUGAUGGGCCUGUCAAGGUGGGAAGCAAGGAGCUAACUGUAUUUCUGAUGAAGCAGCCUAUACUUAUUUGUGACUUCUGGGAGAAGUGGUCUGGGAUACUUAUCCUGUGGAGGUGUUGAAAAAAGCAUUAAAUAGACAUUUAUAACCCUGAGCAGACAGAUUCUAUGCAGGCUUGUGUAUUAACCGUGAGGAGGAGCUGUGAGCUUUGAUGGCUUGUGUCUCAGUAUUCUUAAAGGAGUGUGGACAGCUGAGCUUCAUUUUUGGAGGAACAGUUAUGCUUAGACUUUGGUCAGUCCAUUCACUUGCAAGUAUUUCUGUACCAGUGUCCUCAGCUCUCACUGCAGGAGGGGAGAGACCAUCUUCCAGGAAACUUACCAGCAGGUGGUAGGUUGUAUGUCCAGGUAUAGACUGGAAGUAUUUUUGUUGUUAUUUUAUAUCUAUAGGAGAAUACCAAUUUCACUUGAAUUUAAUUGUUAAACUAAACAGAGUAAGUUAAAGUAUAUGAAAGAGGCUCUGUGGUUUUCUAGACAAUACUGUUGAAAGUCAGUUUGAAAUACUUUUUAAGAAAGUGAAGUUCCAAGUUGUUUGGUAGAAAUUCCCUGUCACAAAAUUGGUUAGAAGUGGAAAGUUGCUCUGUCAACAUGGGCAGAGCAUUAUGGUUGCCUCUCGAGCAAGCAGUGCGGUGAGGUGAGGCAGCGUCUCCUGCUCUCACACAUUUGUCCAGCUGUCUCUGUUGUAUUGCUUGCUGGGUUUUGGACUGGCUGUUCCCUGGCUGUUUAUUCUGUGAGAAGAAAGUAGAGGCUUGCAAAUCGAUUCAACUCUGGCUGUGUACCUUCUAUCAUUCACUUAAUAAGAUGGCACUUCCUCCUGAGACAUUCCCGUCGUCCCUCUUACUUUAAAGCAGAUACUUAAGAAAUGUACUAGUCAGUAUUUGUAUACUGUAUAAUUUUUGCCUUAAAAAUCUGUUGCUAAAUCAAGAAUAUUGAAUAUUUGUGGAACUACUGAUGCUGUAUUGAAAACUUAGAAGAAUUACUCUGGUAAGAAUUAUUGCCUCUAUUCUAGAAAAAAAUUUUUUUAAACAUUGUGAGAUAUUUUAAGCAUAAAGGUCUAAUAUAUUGCUUUUAUGAAAUUAAACAUUUUAGUUAAUUGUGGGAAGGAAGCAUGAAUGUAGCAGCCAAGCACAAAUCAUUUUGUUAACCUAUAGUCAUAUCAUCUUGAGCAGAUAUAGAAAAAGAUUUUGUUAACUGCAAGAACAUGAAUUACAUAAGUUGAGUUGGGCAAAACAUUUUAGUGCUUUUUGCCUCUACUUAGGAGCCUAUUUCUUACCAAAACACUUAACAAUGCAUUUCAAAAUACCUUUCAGCUUUCAUUUUGCUUCAGUGUCUCACAGUUCAAGGCAGGCAAGAAAACUCAGCUUUUAUCCUAGCAGUAGAGACAGGCAGAGGCAGGUGGAUUCCUAAGAGUUUGAGCCAGCUUGGUUUACAUAGUGAGUUCCAUGCCAGGGCCUCCACCAAAAUAUUAAAUCAGUUCAAGCCAGUGUGAAACAUUGAAUGAAAAAUAAAAAAGCAUUUUUGUGUGUUUUUCAGAUCUUAGUAAUCUUAUGUUAACUACUUACCUGACGUCUUUCAGUCUGACUCCUUUUGUGACGUCACUGACAGUUGUGAACUGGAGUGACGGCACCUCUGUGCUUUGGUAACUACUUACCUGACGUCUUUCAGUCUGACUCCUUUUGUGAUGUCACUGACAGUUGUGAACUGGAGUGACGGCACCUCUGUGCUUUGCAAAGCCCAGUGUUCACCAGCAGAACAAAGGAGGCAUCACGGUGCUUAUACUCCCACUUAGAGCGAUGUCAGCUGCCCUUAGUGUGGGCUGAAGGUGGGCUGCCUGGACACAUGUCCCAGAUCUAGCUGCCUCCUAACUUGCUUCCCGGAGAGGUUUUCUUUUCUCUUUUUCCUACUUGUAACAACCCAAAGUAACUGAGGAUUAGGCUUUGUCAUUGCAAAUUUUGGUGCCAAAGGCAGAUGCCACAGGAGGUUAGUGAAGUAGCCCUCCUGUGCUCAUUAGUGAGGUAGGGGUCCAGCCUGCCCCAGGCGAGUCACAGCGUCAGAACAGUGGUUUCUGCUACCUGCCUGACAUUGGAAGGCAGACACUGUGGAACCACAUUACUGAAAAAGCAUUCUCUGCCUUUGUCUUUCCCCUGUUUGCAGAGCUACUUCCACAUUCCAAUUUCUCUGUUUAGGAACUGCAGGUAACCUGUGUAGUAAUUCUGGGAAAAAUAUAAUCAAAGUUCACUUUGGCUGAACUCCGUUGUGUUCAUAGACGUCCCCUCCCCUGUGGUGAGCUUCCUAAGUGCGGUGUCACUGGGCUGUGUCCAGUGCUUAUCGCUCAGGAAGAAGGAAAGGAACCUGUUGUGGGGCCACGGGGGCCGCUCCGCCACUCCUUUUAUUUCUCAGCUCUAAAACUUUACUCUUUCUUACUGUGAAUAGAAGAAAACCUGAAAACCAUCUCAGUGGUUUAUUAAUGUGAAUUGGAUGUAACGUCUUAAGUUAAAAAUGUAGUGUUAAAAGUCUGUUUUUAAAUAGCAGCAUACAGAUUUGUCACUGAUGAAUGGAAUUAAAAUUCUUUUUUUUUUUUUAAACAUAAGCAGACAUGGUGGCUCAUGCCUGUAAUCCCAGAAUGUGGGGCUGCAAUAGCAUGUCACUGUGACUUAAGGCCCCAUUUCAAAAAUACCAAACUUAAACACAUCCCCAAAAUGAGUGUGAGAGAGGAUUACAGAUAACUAAGUAAAAAAUGUCAGUGGUCACCAUUAUCUAUUCCUGGGUCAGAAGCUGGCAUGGGCCAUGAAGACGGCAAGCUGUACUAGGUAGCUGUGACUCUGCAGGCCCUGUGGGUGCCGACCUGCCUUACAGAUACGUCCGUGGGUAAGUGGGGAGUGAGGAUGGUUUUCUUGACUGCACUUGACUUUGCCGUAGGAGGAGGGAGGGGAAAUGGUAAUCGCUAAGAGCUCAUCUUUCCCAGAUCGCAUUGUUUCUCUUCUAUUAGUGGCAGGGUUGAUUCUGUAAUGUCAAAUGAUGUUCAAGGGAGGUACUUUUUUUUUUUUUUAAAAACAGAUGAUCUCAUUUGCUGAAUGAUUUAAGAGUAAAAUUUAGCCACUGCGUGGCUUUGUGUAUAGUAACAACAGGUUUUAUUGCACUAUCUAUGGUUGAAAUACCUGUGCAAAGAAAUGCAGGGCACAGGGGAGGUAAAAAUUAAAGAUGUUUGAUACGUUAAAUUAUUACUCUUAAGUUUAUAUUUGUUUUAAAUGGGACACAUCUUACUUAAUCCAUCUCAAUUUAGUGUUUUAAUAAAAAAGGAACUAAAAUUAUUUCAACUUGGGCUUACAUGUGUCAAUAUGGGCAAUAUGAAUAUGGGCAAUAUUUUUAUGCCCGUGUAUUUUCACAUUUAAUAAAAAUAUUUAUGGUCAUA